AUGCCAUACACUGCGCCGUUGAAGUCGUUGCUCUCCGCGCAACACGUUGAAUACUCUGAUCCCUCUUCACAAUCUCACUCUGAACGGCCUGGCUUGGUUCGUUCCGCCUCUGCGCGUCUACAGAGCUCUCGUUCCUAUUCUUCUACCUCGUACGUUCGUCGACACCGACGGAGCCCGUCGAUCAGUAAAUCGACAGUGUCUUCCUCGUCGGACCCCACCUCCCGGACGUCACCGGUUAUUGACCCUCAUGCCAGUCUCCGUCAGUCACCCCCACCAGUAAGCAAUGCUACGAUUCCUGUCGGGGCGGUGAUCUCGCCGCCCGAAUCCGCUCCGAACUCAAGUGACGAGGAGUCGCCUUACCGUGAGGGUAUCAAGCUGGAAGAGCUCGAGGCUGCCGUCCGAUCCAUCGGUCAAAGGAGGGAAAGCUCACCAGAGAGAGAUAAUAUGGGCCCCGCCGAAUCCAUGAGCACCGAGGCUCCGUCCUCAAGUUCGUCGACGAUAACACUUGACUCGGAUCCAAAGCCCAAUCACCUCCGCCUGUCCAAUUCUGCAAGAAAAAUCUCCCACUCACGAUCUUCGACCGACACGGCCAUUGAUCUGAAGCGUGAAGAAGCUCUGACGAGUUCGCCUGAUGACAGCGAUGUGGAAACGUCAAAGAAACCCCUUAUGGUCCGGAAGAAGUCGGGUGAGUUGGUCCGUCCGGCCCUCCGUCCCGCAUCGGCCCGGCGACGACCGUCCAGCAUGCCGGGAACCCCGGUCUAUGCCAAGGCCGUGCACUUUGAUUCGCAGCUGGAACACAUCCGUCACUUCCUGCAGCUUGAUCGACCUUUAGCGGUCAGCGCCGAGACCUCCCCAGUGGAGACCCACGACGCCGAUCACGAGUUCCCAUUCGGUAAAUACGACAACAAGCCGUCAUGGGAAUGGGAGCUUCGGCUAUCCAACGCCCCCAAGGAAAUUUCCACUUCAUCUAAUCUUCCAGUCCAGCUGGAACGUGUGUACUUGUCCGCUGAUAAGAAGGUUUUGCUUGGUACUGUGGCCGUAGCUAACUUGGCUUUCCACAAACACGUGGCUGCUCGCUUCACGCUUGAUUACUGGAGAACAACAUCCGAGGUCGGCGCGGUGUACUGUCAUGAUGUUCGUCGAAAGCAUGCCCAAGAUGGGUAUGACCGUUUUUCAUUCGAAAUCAAGUUGGACGAUCAGGCAAACCUGGAGAGCAAGACCAUGUUCAUCUGUAUUCGCUACAAUGUGAACGGUCAGGAGUUCUGGGAUAACAAUCACGGAAUGAACUACCAGAUUGAUUUCAUUAAGACACCCAGGGUCGCCUCCACCAAGCCAUCAGGAGGAGCUCGCCCUGCUCUUCCCCGCAGCCGAACCUUUGCCACUUCCCACUCGACUCGACCUCGCUCGGUACCUCCAUCCUUGGAUGAUUCGUCUUUUGACGACUUCGCGAAUGUGGGCAAGAACCUUGGCUUCUCCAAUCCUUUCGGGAGUACCAAGGGAUCUCCGUUAAACCGGCCGUCGGCGGAUGACAUUGACACGAUCGGACCGCCAAAACGGCGUGAAACCCAGAAUCCACAAGGAUUCAGCAAUCGAUACGAUUUCGGAGCAUCCUUGACCGCCGCCAUGAAGACGAAGACUCCUCUGGAUCGGACCACACUGACUGCUCGGGCACGCUCUGAACGAACCCCUGAGACAAAGUCAGUUGCGGAGCCUGUUCCAACCAAAGCUACUGCUGUGAGCGAAAAAGCUCGGAAGGAGGAUCUGAAACCUUCCUCACUGGUUUCUAGCAAACCGUGUCUCGAGUCCUCGGUGUACAAAGAGUUGGUGGACAAGUAUUGCUUCUACGGUUCCCCGAAGUCGAAUGAAGAGGCGCAGGGCCCCGUCGUGAACGUGAACGGUGAGGAGCCCCCGAAGCAACAUCCUUCGGGCGCUCCUUCACCCCCCUCUGUCCCCUGGGUCUCCGGCUCCUCUGGAAGCACCAACCGAAGUAUCCCGUGA